GGCCGGCGCGCUGCUGCCUCAUUCCGCGUCACUGAUUCUCCCGCUAACGGCAUUGACCCUGCAUCCUCCUAUCGCACCGACUGAGCCAUGUCUCGCAAAGUAGUCAGGUCCAGCAAGUACCGGCACGUCUUCGGGCAGCCAAUGAAAUCAGACCAAUGCUAUGACGAUAUCCGGAUUUCCCAGAACACCUGGGACAGUAACUUCUGCUCUGUGAACCCGCUGUACUUGGCCAUGAUCGUUGAGGCAAGUGGAGGGGGAGCCUUUAUGGUCCUUCCUCUGUCCAAGUGUGGACGGAUCGACAAGGCUCAGCCCCUGGUUUGUGGACACACAGCAGUUGUCUUGGAUAUUGAGUGGUGCCCUCACAAUGACCACAUCAUCGCAAGUGGAUCAGAAGAUUGUACUGUCAUGAUCUGGGAGAUUCCGGAAGGAGGGUUGACCCGACCCAUCACUGAGCCCUUGGUCACCCUGGAGGGGCACUCGAAGAGGGUGGGCAUUCUUUCCUGGCACCCGACUGCCUCCAACGUGCUGCUCAGUGCCGGCUGUGAUAACGUGAUUAUUAUCUGGAAUGUCAGUACAGCGGAGAAGGUGAUUGUGAUGGAUAAUCUGCACCCUGACAUCAUCUACAGCGCCUGCUGGAACAUCAACGGGAGUAAACUCCUGACCUCCUGUAAGGACAAAAAACUGAGGGUGAUCGAGCCCAGGAAAAAGACUGUCACCCUGGAGAAGGAGAAAUCUCACGAUGGCUCUCGGCCAGUCCGCGCCAUCUUCGUCGCUGGUGACAAGAUUCUGACCACCGGGUUUGGGAAGAUGAGCGAGCGGCAGGUGGCGUUGUGGGACAUGAAGCACAUGUCAGAAGCUAUGACCCUGGAGGAACUGGAUGUGGGCAGUGGCGUCCUAAUCCCAUUCUACGACCCUGACUCAAACAUUGUCUACCUGUGUGGCAAGGGAGACAGCAGCAUCCGCUACUUUGAGGUGACCGAUGAGGCUCCCUAUGUCCACUACCUGUCCAUGUACUCCAGCAAGGAGUCUCAGCGUGGCAUUGGCUACAUGCCCAAGAGAGGCCUGGACGUCAAGAAGUGCGAGAUCGCCAGAUUCUACAAGCUACACGAGAGGAGGUGUGAGCCGAUUGCGAUGACUGUCCCUCGAAAGUCGGACUUGUUCCAGGAGGACCUCUACCCUGACACCAUUGGACCCGAACCCGCUCUCGAGGCUGAGGAGUGGUUCGGAGGGAAGGAUGCAGAUCCCAUCUACAUCUCCCUGAAGAACGAAUACACUGUGAAGUCUCGCGAGUUCAAGGUGUGCAAGAAGGUUCUAGAUGUCAAGGAUGGUGCGCACAGGGCACAUGCCACCUCUAACUCUGGAUCGCACAUGUUGCAGGCUCCAGCCGUCGAGUCCCUGAUCGAGGAGAUGGAGAAGCUAAAGGUCAAAGUUCAGGAGCACGAGCAGCGAAUCACAGAGCUGGAAGGCAAAGCGUAAAGGAUAAUAAAAAAACAAAACACCGCACAGAAAGAGCCCAAACCUCAUCGCUGCAUCGCAGAGAUGCUUAAAACCUCAAGGAAAAGCAGCAAACAGAUUGAGAUCCCCCUGAUUAAAUUAAGGCCCCCUAGGCCAACAAAAUGGCCGCCAGGUUACACAACGCCCCUCACUGCCACACCCACCCCUACCCUGUCACCCACUCCCCUCAAACGGAUGGAGUCUCUCCCUCAGGGACCCCUUUUACAGAGGGAGUCUCUCCGUCUUGGACCCCUGUUCAAGAGGGAGUCUCUCCCUCGGGGACCCCAGUUA